AUUAAAAAAAGAAUCCCGCCAACCCCUGCGUUGCCAUUUCCUUUGAUGCAAAAAUCUUUUCGAAAACCCUAUCUGAUAAAUUUCCCAAAUCACUGAGAAUUCAGGAAUCACGAGACUAAAUUGAAGUCGACGAAGAUGAAACGGAGGAGUACAAGAACAUCAAAGCUGGCGGCAUCAACGGUUGCCGGAAUCGAAGACCUUCUCAUAGAAAUUCUGCUCCGAUUACCAGUAAAAACUCUGCUAAAGUUCAAGUGUGUAUCGAAACAAUGGAACUCUUUAAUUUCUAGUUCUUAUUUUUCAAUCUCCCACACUCGUCUCCGCUGUACUUACUCUACACCCGCCGCUCUUUUACUCAACAAGGGCUCUACUCGAUUCUAUGUCAUCUACCUAAAUUCUUUCACAAGGGGAAACUUUGCACAUUUCUUUGAGUUCUUUAAGGGUUCUCAGCUUCAAAUACUACAAUCUUGUAAUGGGUUGCUUUUAUGCCGGUCUAGCAUGUUAAAAGAUCACAAUUUGAUUGGUGGGUUUGUGUAUUUUGUGUGUAAUCCCACUACUAAGCAAUCGAAGAGAAUCUGUUACCCUGUUUCACUUGAACAAAAAUUUAAGACUCGCUAUUUGAUGUCUGUUUCUUUGGCAUUUGAUCCUAAAAUGUCUCCCCAUUACAAGAUUGUUUUCAUUUUUGAGUUAAGGAAAAAUAAGGAAACUCAUGUUGUUGAGACUUAUGUGUACUCGUCUAAGAAUGAUUCGUGGGUUUCUCGUAGGGAAGAUGUGACUGAGUUGUGUAUGAAUCUUGUACCUCCGCCCACUUUAGGAAUUGGGUUUCGCGAUGGGGUUUAUGCGAAUGCUGCCAUUCAUUGGUCAAGAUAUAACGGACGCUCAUCGUCGUUGCUUUGUUUUAAUGUCGAUACUUUCACCUUCAAGAAAAUAUGUUUUCCUGCUGAGUUAAAAGUCCGGUACUUUGGGGAGUCCCGUGGUCAUUUAUAUGUUCUGGCUUAUAAUGAUAUGUACCAUGGUUUGGAUUAUGAUGUUCUUGAGAUAGCAGCCGAUUAUUCUGGGUGGUUUGUGAUGUAUCAUGUGAAUCUUCUUUCUUUAAGAAGGACAUUUCCUGAACUUGGCUUGCAAUUUUCAAUAUUGAGCAUCGCCCCUACGAACAAUGAAGAUUUGGUGAUUGUGAUAUCUAUGCUUGGCAGAGUCUUGACUUACAAUCUUUCUAAUGGGAAGUUCAAAAGUAUUUUUAAUUUAGGGCACUGGUUGCCUGGUCAGAGUAGCCAUACAUUGGAUUAUGAAGGGUAUUCGUAUCAGUAUUUUGAGUGCCUGCUUUGUGUUUGAUCCCAAUGAUUAUACUAGGCAGAAGAUGCACAUAUGUACAAAAGUGUACAGUGCUACUUAAAGCAAUGGCAGGCUUCAGAGAGGAUGUUGCAGAGAUUGAUUUUGUGAAAGGAAUAUGGAUAAAGGCAUACUGUAUGAUAAGAUUUCCUAGGUGUUGAAAAUCAAAUGAAAAACUUUCAUCUUUUAAAGAGAUGACUUAUGAAAUAAUGAUCUUUUACCGGUAAGUGAUACUACACCCUUAACUUACAUGUUGAA